AAUUCAGUAUUUCUGGAAUUAUGCGUUUUUUAUUACUUCAAUAAUUGGGAUUAAAAUUUUCAUAAUGGAUUUAUGUAGGACCUGUCUUAAAACUCCGGCCAAUAAGGCUAUGGUAGAGUUGGAAAGGGGUAUAAAUGUUGACAACAAAAACUAUUUCGAAAUCAUGUUGUUUUGUUUAGAUAUUGAGGUAACACAGGACUCAAAAAUUACAACGAAUCUAUGUAAUAUCUGCUAUAGAAAAAUAAUUUCGUUUUACAAAUUUAAGGCUCUAUCUUUAGAGAAUAAUGCAUACUUGAAAUCUUUGAACCCAGUUAUAUCGCAAGAAGAUCAAAAACUAUCAUUGUAUGUUGAUGAAAAUGGAAUAAAACAUGAGAACCCUUUGGACACUGAUGAAUAUGGUUCAAGUAUAGUUGAAGAGUACAGAACAGAAAUAAAAGUAGAAAUAGAUGUGAAAAAUGAUGUCAAAUUUGGAAAUGUAAACAUCAAGAAUGAAGAGCAAUUAGAAAACAUUCAAAUGGAAGCUCAGGAUGACAUGUUGGAAGAUACAGAGCCGGAAAAAGAGCCACUGAGUGUGGUUAAAAAAAUUAAAAAUGAAAAGAGCAAAAGAAAAAGUAGAGUAAAAAUAAGUAAAAAACGUGGCCGUCCACCUAAAUCUAAACCAGAGUACCAAAUGUGCGAGGAAUGUGGCAAGCCGGUCCGUAACCUCAAGCAGCACUCGGUCCUCCACAAGCCUAAAGGGGAGCGGCAGAUGUUCCCAUGCAAGGUGCCAGGCUGCCCUAAGCUCUUAUUCACCGUGAGGGGUCGGAAAUAUCACUAUAAAAGUACACAUUUAGGUUUAAGGUUCAAAUGUGAAAUCUGUAGUAAAGAGGUAACAAACCUGUCGGCGCACAGAUUGCUCGCCCACAACCGAGCCGCGCUCCCGCACGGGUGCGCGUCGUGCGGGCGCCGCUUCCUCUCGCGGUCGGCGCUCGCCACGCACACGACCGCGCACACGCAGGACCAUGCGUUCGAGUGCGACGGCUGUCAGAAGAAGUUCCGCUCCAAGCCUUUUCUGUCCAGGCAUAUACGACAAGUCCACGAGAAAGAGAGAAAAUUCCAAUGCGAAUUUUGUUCAAAGGGCUUCUUCAGAAAAUCUGGACUUAAUGAACAUUUAAGGAGACACACCGAGGACCGCCCAUACAAGUGCGAAGAGUGCGGCAAGGCGUUCGCCUGGAGCUCCACGUUGAAGAGCCACCGCCUGAUCCACUCGGACGAGAAGAAGUUCCACUGCCAACUGUGCGACAAGAGCUUCAUCAAAGCCGGGUAUCUAUCGGCCCACAUGGUCAGCCACACGAAGGAGAAACGCUACCCGUGCGGGUUCUGCGGCGUGCGCUUCGGCCGCUCCGACCACCGCAACCGGCACGAGUUCACCGCGCACAAGAAACAACGCACACCCAACCUUAUCUCCACGUCAUAAGGCUCAAAUUAGGAUAGCGCAAGAAUAAUGAAAUAAAUCAUGUUGAAAUUA